UUUCUUAGGAAUCAGCUGUCAAUACCCGAACUAGAUUUCAAAAAGUCUUGAGUCACUUCGCGACAUAGAAACUGUUAAGGAACCAUGCCUUUCCCCAAGGACUUAAAAAUCCAACGUGUCGAAGGUGAACUAGCGAUCGCGCUAUCCAAAUCGUAUCCGCAUCACACCCGUGGUUUUGUCAAAAUCGGCGAAAAGGAAUGGUUCCUGCCAUACAAGUACGCCGAGCAAGGCGAUAAGGCAUAUAAUUUCGAAACUCGUUCCGAUGAUACGUGGAUCAUUACUUAUCCUAGGUCAGGUACGACGCUAACACAAGAACUCGUAUGGUUGGUGGCAAACGAUCUAAAUUUCGAUGUGGCGCAUCGAAGGAUUUUAAUGGAGAGAUUUCCCUUUUUAGAUCUUGGAUUAAUAGUAGAAGAUGAUGUAUUCGCGAGCGACACUCCCGACGAGCAAAAAAUAUCAAAAUAUAGCGUCAAUUUUGUGCAAAAUCAACCUUCACCGCGUUUCAUCAAAAGUCAUUUCCCUCUCGAUUUAUUGCCGACAGUCAUAAAAAAUGAUUGCAAAAUCAUUUAUGUGGCGAGAAAUCCAAAAGAUAUGGUGGUCUCGUGGUAUUAUUUUCAGAAGGACCUCAAACAGAUCCAAUACCAAGGAACUUUCGAGCAGUUUUGUAUUAAUUUCAUGAACAAUGACAUGAUGUGGUCUCCAUAUUGGGAACAUGUAAAAUCAGCUUGGGCGAUUAGACAUAAACCAAAUAUUUUGUUUCUCUUCUAUGAAGAUUUAAUAAAAAAUUUAGUCGAGAACAUCAAGAAAGUUGCUACAUUUUUCGGCAAAACCUACAACAAUGAAGAAAUCGCUAAGUUAACGGAACACUUAAAUAUUGAAAAUUUCCGCAAGAAUUCUAUGGUAAACCAAGCGGCGCCUGGUCAAAAAAUAAAACCUGAAUCAUUUAUACGGCAAGGAAAGACGAAUAAUUGGAAAGAAAUGUUCACGCCGGAGCUUGAGAAGAAAUUUAACGAAUGGAUCGUCGAUAAUUUGAAAGAUACCGAUUUGGUUUUUCCCAAUUAAAUUUGCCGCAAGAAAUAUUUAUCAGCGCAAAUAAUUCCAUAUAUUUUAUUAAACAAUAUAUAUACUGUCUGUUUUAAAUAAACAGAAUCGCUAAUUUUUAAGUUUCUCUAAAUAGAGAAACUUUUUUCUUCUAGAAAAAAAUAAACUUAAAUUGGAGAUUUAUUAAUAAAAGUUUCUUCAUGAACUGUGGAUAUGCAAUUUUUUUAUUUUGCAAAUAUCAAUUGAAUUAUAUCAUGGAUUUGCGUAAUUAUAUCAAUUGCUUAUUUGUAACUUCGAAUUUUUUCAUUCUAUAUAUUGCUUUUGCUACGUGACAGUUGAUAAAAGAUUUUUUCAUUAAGAAUCAAUGAAAAGCAAAUUUUGAUUUUAUAAUUUUGAUAGAUUUCACUUUGCGCUACAUAGAAAAUACAGUUGAAUAUCAU